GCUACGGGCACGCAGCGCCCAGCACGGACGGCGGGAAGGUGUUCUGCAUGCUCUACGCUCUGCUGGGCAUCCCUCUCACCCUGGUCAUGUUCCAGAGCCUGGGCGAGCGCAUCAACACCUGGGUGCGGGCGGGGCUGCGGCGCCUCAAACGGCGCCUGGGCAUGCGGCGGCCGGAGGUGUCCAUGGCCAACAUGGUGACCAUCGGCUUCGUGUCCUGCGUGGGCACCCUGUGCGUGGGCGCCGCCGCCUUCUCGCACUACGAGAGCUGGAGCUUCUUCCAAGCCUACUACUACUGCUUCAUCACGCUSACCACCAUCGGCUUCGGCGACUACGUGGCGCUGCAGAAGGACCAGGCGCUGCAGACGCAGCCGCAGUACGUGGCUUUCAGCUUCGUCUACAUCCUGGCCGGCCUGACGGUCAUCGGCGCCUUCCUCAACCUGGUGGUGCUGCGCUUCAUGACCAUGAACGCCGAGGACGAGCGAAGGGACGCGGAGCAGCGGGCGCUGCUCGGACGGAGCGCCCGGCCCUGCCCGGCUCCGGCUCCGGCCGGUCCCGAGGGCUCCGCGGCCGUGGCGGUGCCGGCCGAGAGCGGWUUCCGUAAUGUCUACGCCGAGGUGCUGCACUUCCAGUCGGUGUGYUCGUGCCUGUGGUUCAAGAGCCGCGAGAAGCUGCAGUAUUCCAUCCCCGUCAUCAUCCCCCGCGAUUUGGCCGCCCCGGACGCGGACGCCGAGCGGGGUCGAGUUUCGCCCGCYCGCCGCGCCGCCGGGACCCCGGAGCAGCGCUGCUUCUGCCGCUCCCGCCGCUCGGCCAUCAGCUCCGUGUCCACCGGCCUGCAGAGCCUGGCGGCAUUCCCGGGAUUCGCCAAGCGCCGCAGCUCCGUGUAGCCCGCCCCGAUUCCCCGAUCCCAAUCCCUGAUCCCGGAUCCCGAACAUUUUGGGAAGCGGCUCCAGACUCUGGAACGGCGCCGGAGCGGCGCUCGCUCCGCUUUGGGAUUUUGAUUUAAAACCUCUGGGAUUUUGAUUUUUGCGAAACCACUCCUUGAAAAUGUGAAACUUGGGGGAACCGGUGGGAUCGGGGGCACCUCGCACCGGCCCUUCCCGAGCUCUGGAUCCUCGGGAAUCUCCCGGGAAGCGCAGAAGGASCCACGGCCGCGGAAAUCAGGCUAAGAGGGGCUUAGCCGGAGCUUUUCCGCAUCAUCCG